CAGCAAACCACAAGGUCCUCCAUCUCCACCCUUCCUCUCCAGCAAAUCACCCACCACGACAUCAUCCUGCCCCUUCUCUUCGAAACCCACUGCCAUUGAACCCGACUCCAGCCACCUUUAAUCCCCAGUUUCUUCUCUAAGCCCCUCUCACAGCACCUAAAACCAGCUGCUCCCAACAGCCGGUGUCCACCAGCGAUCUCAGCAGACAGCGAGCAGCGAAUCGGCCACCAGCGAGUCGAGCACUCCAGCUACACAUCGGCACCCACUUUUUUCAUUACCCAGAAAUAGAGCCAUUGAAAACCAUUCCCAAUUUUCUUCUCCAUUUCAGCUCAUUCACGUUCCUCUCCUUCGACGGCUCUCACCAAAUCCAUCAACAGCCGACCGCAGGUUCACCGCAACAGAUACAUUCUCAUCCAGCUGCGCGCCAGUCCAGAAUCGGGGGUUCAAAGACUAUUGAAAAUGGGGAAGAGUUGCUGUUGUGGAGAUUGAGGAACUGAGAGUAUGACUGAGGCAUGAGAGUAAUCAAUGAAACUUGAGCAGGAGGAAGAGAGCGGGGCUGCCACUGAAGUUCUCUCUCGACAAUGAUCGCCAAUUCAUCAGCAAUGUUACAGUUUCACUCAUGUGGUUUGAAUUUUGAAUAACCCAUUUGUUUUUAGAACUUGGGUAGCCUUUUAUUUUCCUUCCUGCCCCUCUUCCUUAUAUCGGAAUGGCGAAAGCUUUGUUUCGUAGCCUAAGAAGGGUUUGUUCACUUGUCAAGCCAUCAUCAUCCAUCUUUUCCAGGCCAAAUUUUCACUCUCCAGAAUCAGUUUUCUUUUCGUCCAGACACACAAUUCCACUGAAUCUACCAAACCCAUCCUGGGUGUUUAGAAACUUGAGUCAUGGUACUGUAAACCUGGUGAUAUCAGAAGGCAAACCCAAGUUUGAAAUGCAUGAGGUUGAUCCUCCAAAGAAGGAGAAAUGGCAGACGAAGAAGAGGCUAAAAAUGAAGAGAAAGAUAGAGAAGCAGAAGCGUAAAGAGGCUAAUAAGAGGGACCCACGUAGUCUUACUGUCAAGAGGAAGAAGCAGAAAUUUGCUAAUGCUGAAGAGAGAAUUAAGUACAAGCUUGAAAGGGCCAAAAUCAAGGAAGCUUUGUUGAUUGAAAGACUUAAGCGGUAUGAGGUUCCUAAAGUGCAGGGCCCUGAGGUCAAACCACAUGAUCUAACAGGUGAGGAACGAUUUUUUAUGAAAAAGAUGGCCCAAAAAAAAUCCAAUUACGUGCCAAUUGGCAGGAGAGGAGUAUUUGGAGGCAUCAUUCUUAAUAUGCAUAUGCAUUGGAAGAAGCAUGAAACGGUAAAGGUCAUAUGCAAGAAUUGCAAACCUGGCCAAGUACAGGAAUAUGCUCAAGAAAUUGCCAGGUUGAGUGGUGGGAUCCCCAUACAUUUUAUUGGAGAUGACACUGUUGUAUUUUAUCGGGGGAAGGACUAUGUGCAACCAGAAGUCAUGUCACCAAUAGAUACGUUGUCCAAAAAAAGGAUCAUCAUCGAUGGAGUUGGAGUAGAGGACAUUAAAUCAGGUCAAGUACUUCUCAUCCUUUUGUCAUGGAACUCUCAAGUAAAACAUCAUCAAGUGCUGCUGCUUGUAUAUUGUCAUCAUCUUGCACUGGAAAAAUCCAAGUACGAGCAGUCGCUUGAGACCGUGAGGCAUUUCAUAGCUGUCGCAGAAAAGGAAUUAGAGCUUUACUACAGGCACAUUGCACUUUAUGGUGAUCCAAAUAAUAGGAAUCCCCUUUCCAUCUUAGACUGUCCAACAAAUUACUUGAAGGAAUCUCAGAAUCCGGAAAAGCAAACCGAUGCUUUGUCUUGUGAUGAAGUUUCUACAGGUGAUUCAGAGACGGAAGUCAAUUGGGAUACUGAAGAAAUUGAAGAUGACUACCUCCUAUCCACAAGUGAAUCAGAUUCUUUAGGUAGCUCAACUGAUUGGGAUACUGAAGAAAGAGAAGAAGGCAUAUCUUUGAUGACAGAAAUGAGAUCCUCCACAAGAUUAGGUGCAUCAUGUGAGUUUGAGAAUAAAUUUGAGACUGAAAAGGAAGAUUAUUCAAGUGAAAGGAAUUGUGGGUAUAAAUCUUUCUAAUUCACGAAAUCAUGGCCUGAUUUUAUCUUGCCUUAUUCUUUUGGUUGUGCC